AUGCCUGCACGAGCAAUGUAUGACAGCGAUGACUACUCCUCGCAUGACUCGGAGUUCGAGACCGAUAUCUCCACCCGGCGAACAGGUGUCAGAACCCAUGUUCGCGAGCGCUCUCUCUCUCACCACCGCCGCCGCCCGGAAAUCGUCUCUCGCGAGUUCCUAGCACCAAUCCAGUCCACCCGCAUGCACCGGUCGGCCUCGACAGGUGGUAGUCGCCGCCAUGUACGCGAGCUACCAACGGCACCAGCCCCACCACCAGCGGUGAUGAUCUUCAACGAGCAAGGGCUGCAGUCAGAGAGUCGCUCGGAGAACAAGCCCCAAUCUCGACGGGUGCACCAUCAGUUCAGCGAAAAACGCAGCGAAAAACACAACCAUAACCACCGGCACAACCGCUUCGAUGAUGAAGAUGACGAAAUCGUCCAGGUGCCGGCCGCCCCGCGCCGCCGUGAGCGCGCCGUCAGCACCGUUGAGCGCAAUGCCUCUGCCUCCCCCUUCCAACGUGACCACGAGCUAGCAAUGAGGGAGCACAUGCUAGAACGCAACGACAUUCGACAGGACAUGGGUCAGCACAUGCUGGAGCGCAACGACAUCCGACAGGACUUGGGUCAGCACUUGCUGGAGCGCAAUGAUCUCCGGCAGGACAUGGAUAUCUGGAAGCAUCAGCAGGAGAUCGAACGGCUGCAGCGGGAGCUGGAGAAAUCUCAAGUGCGCAGCAACAAAGAGCGCGAGAAAAUUGUUGUGAAUCCGCAACCCAAUCCGCAUGAAUCUCGGCUGCUCAGGGAGGAGCUAGAGUACGAGGACGAUAUUGCAGAGCGGCUGCAUAAGCUGCAGCGGCUCGAGCGCAAGCAUCAGUCUGCGGAGGAAGAGCGCAAGGCUGAGGAGCGCUAUCAGCUUAAGAGGCUUGCGGCGGAGAAGAGGGCCGCUGCCGAGGAAGACGAGGUUAGACAAAAAUUACAGGAGGAGAAGCUGAAGGAAAUGGCGCGCACGCAGGAAGAGAAGGGGCAGAGGGAGAGGCUCGUGCGGGAGGAAAAGUGGAAGGAGCUUGCAAGGAUGAAGGAGGAGGAAGAGGAGAGGGCGAAGCUUGUGCGAGAGGAGAAGUGGAAAGAGCUUGCCCGGCAGAAGGAAGAAGAGGAGGAGCAUGAAAAGCUCGUCCAGGCGAUUCGAGAUGAGGAUAUGCGCAAGGCGAGGGAGGCCGAGGAGCAGAGGAAGAAGGAGCUCGCUAUGAAGGCUGCUGCGGUUGAAGAGUGGAAGGUUGAGCAGGAGCGGAUCAAGCAGAGACAGGCAGAGGAGGCGAUACGGAAGGCAACCGAGUUCCGCGAUCGCCUUCGCAGCAUUGGCUAUACUGAUGCGGAGAUUGAUGCUAUCAUCAAUAAGGACAAGAAGAAAGAAGAGAAGAAGGAAGAGAAAAAGGAAGAGAAGAAGAAGGAGGAGAAGAAGGAGGAGAAGAAGAAAGAAGAGAAGGAAGAAAAAGAGCCUAAGCUCACGUGGAUUAAGGUCCAUCACAAGCACUUGCUACCAGAGACCUUGAUCGCUUAUGGUCUGCCUUGGGACUGGGAUGAGCACGACCCCAACUACAUCAUCAUCAAAAAGUGGAUAGACGACGACUUCCAAGAACAGCUCUUCGCCCACACUCGACGUCUACGCGAGAACAAGGUCAUUGCUCAGACAUCCAGCUCGACGACCGAAUUGAGAGUCAACGACCGCAAAAAGGACAAAAUGUUCCUAAUUCGGAAGAAGAGCCCUUCAGGCCGGACGCGCAUCUUCAGAUGA